UAUAUUACCCAUUAACAACUAUACGAUACCCUGGGCGAUAUUAGUUUAUCGCAGAUAUAUAUCAGUAUUGGUGUAGAUGCCGGCUGAUAAAUAACAAGAAAUAACAGUGCAGAAAUGCCAAAGUCUCCAUUGCAUUGUUUGUCCAGUUGAAGUCUAUUUUUCAAAUGUAAAAUUAAUGAACUUAAGAAAUGAAUCGGCUAACAUAUCCUUAUCAGAUUUUCGGCUAGUCUACAUUACAUAUGUAACUUGACAGACACAUUCACUCAUUUUAAUAGCUGAGAGUAUCAUGGUGGCUUUAGACAAGGCUUCAUUUCACUGAGGACCCCGUGAAACCCCGCAGUGGUCCCCGGAAGUCCCUUGACCCCCACUGAUCGAUGCAUCAUAUAUCCAUCUCUCUUGUGAUAGUAUUUUUUUUUUUUCCACAGCAACCCCAAAUCAUCUCAGGACAAACUGCCACAAUGUUCUGACAGCUCCAGGUACUCCGUCAGAUUGCGCUGCCAUGAUUAGGUCAGGGUUUGCAGUUUUGCUCCGCCCUCCGCCCAACUGUAGUGUACUGUACUGUUGUUUCCACGUAAAAGGGGCGUAGUGUUUUUACGCAGAAUGAGUGGACCCGGCCGGUGGAAGACUCGCAGUCCCGUGCCGGGUGUCGGAUGGUGCACGACAAGCAAGUAUCCCAUCUGAGAUUAUAUUACUUUAUGACGUCCAUUAUACGAGGAACAUAUACACGUCUUUGUCGUGGGUAAGCCUUAUGAGCCUUUUCCAUCGGAAACCGAAAUGUACAGUGAUUUCCAGACAGAAUUGGCGGUCGUGUAAUUUGUCAUAUAUAGCUAACUAAGUUAGCUAAGUCACACGUUAACCUAACUAUUACAAUUUGCUUACACUUUCAUUUCAUUCCACUGGACGACAAUAACUUAAAAAUGCGAAAGGCGUUUCUGAGACAUGUCCGUCGGUUUCCGUGGGUCACCAACGUUACACUGUACGGCUGUCUGUUCGCUGGAGGGGACUUCGUCCACCAGUGGUUUUCGCGGAGGGAGAAAAUGGACUGGAGCCAUACACGGAACGUCGCUGUAAUCGCGUUCAGUUUCCAUGGUAACUUCAAUUUCUUCUGGAUGCGGUUCCUGGAGCGGAGGUUUCCCGGGAAUUCGGCCGGGAUGGUGAUGAGGAAGCUGUUCCUGGACCAGACUACAGCAGCGCCCCUGGCUACCAGUGUCUUCUACACAGGUGUCAGCUUCUUGGAGGGAAAAGAGGACAUCAUGGAAGACUGGAGAGAAAAAUUCCUGAACACAUAUAAGACGGGGCUAAUGUUUUGGCCAUUUAUGCAGUUUCUGAACUUUGCCUUGGUGCCUCUGUACGUGCGGACCACAUUCACCGGCUGCUGUGCCUUCGUCUGGGCCACCUUUCUUUGCUUCUCACGUCAGAGCGGAGACGGCACGGCCGCUGCUGCUCUGGCAUGGAUGUUCCCUCCUAAAGAGGAUGAAGCUGAAUCCACAAAGGAGAAAGUUGACUGUAAGGAGACGACAGAUGCUCCCAAAGAGGCAACAGUAGCAUCUAAACCUAUUCAGAACUGAAGUAUGUAGAAUCAGUCGUGGUAAUGGAGGGGGACGAAACAUGAACAGAAAAGGCUGUGGUCUGAGCAGUCCUGUCUGUGGCACUGCUGCGCUAUCACUGCCACAGCUUGAGUUCAAAGUCUCACUGGGGUUAAACUAAAAAUAUGUGUCCUCAUGACGCUGUAAUGUGCUUUAGGGAACAGCGUCUGCCAAAUGCAAUGUGUAAACAGUAUAUUAUUCAAUAUUCAUGCACAUCACCUCCGUGGGGAAAAUGUAAUUCAGUCUUACUUUUCCAUCUGACAGUGAACUAUCCACAUGCUGUAUUUCUCAUCAGGGUGUUUUUGUUUGUUUGUUUUUAUAAAUGCAGUCUUGUGUUCUCACAUUUAGAACAAGAGAACCCCCUGAUUCAAUUGGACCAUGGUUAAUGAUAUUGGGAUGAUAAAUGAUGACUUCUAUGUCUGUGACGGAAGCUGUGAUGAUGGGAAAGUGUAAGGAUGAUGUUCCAGAUUCCUCUGCUUUACGUCUGAAUGAAAAACUGGAAUGAGCGUGGGAAAGAAGUAUUUCCACAGUGUGGAGUGGCAGCUAACAUAUUAGCUUAGACGUUUAACUUCAUAAGAUUUCUAAACAUUUAAAUAUAACUCUCUCUUUAUUAGCACAAGUGCUGAGACUUAUCUGUGACUGCAACAGAGUGCCUGAUCUCUAAGGACUAUCUGCUUUGAUUCCAGUUUACACUCUGGUAAGAAGUGCCAAAUACAGAUGCACACAGGUUCCAAUAAUCCAUCAUAUUCUGGAGUAUAUCUGUUUGUUAUUAAUGUAAAGGUAGGUGCUUUAUACAUAUGGACCAUGAUGAGCACACUAUAGGUUCACAAACAGUGCAUCGUUGAAGCAACAAAACAAAAAAGCACUAUGUGAAAAUACAUUUUUGAUGUCCACAUUUUCAACCAUUAUUCCUUUAUAUCUAAAUAUUGUGGUAAUAAGAUACUACUGAAGAUUACUUUGAGUUUGUCUGAUAAUGAUUGAUGAAGGUUGUCUCAAACAUCCAUUUACUUGAACGUGGAAAUGCUGCCUGCCUGUUGACUUUAUGUUAAUGUGAUACUCUAUUGUCUUUCCUGAACCAUUUUUUUACUUGACCUCUGAGUGAAAAUGUUACUUUAUAGGUUUCCCGGCCUGCAGUGAUUCUUGAAAUGUAACGUCAGAUGCCUCCGCCAAGCUGUUUUCUAGAGAGGUUGUUUUUAUAAAUAGAGAACAGCUCAGUACAAGAGCUGACUGUUAUUCCUAUAUAUAGAAUUUAAAAGGUUUAGGGCAGACUUCUCACUUCCUUCUCAGAUAAUUAACAAAAAUCCUCAUUGACUUGUGUUCCUAUGUACUGCUGAAAUUCCUGGUGUCACAGAGAGAUCUGUUUAUUUUUGUUUUUCUGAUGUGGUUGAGUCUAAAAUGUGUUUUGCAACCAGCAUUUUGGCGCUAUAGACGCUGUGUGUUUGUAUUAUUAUUUGAUCGGUCUCACACAGCUGAAUUAAUACUAUGAAUAUUGUACAACAGACCCACAGGUAUCUUCUUAUGCCUACAGUUGAUCUGAAAUAUCACGUGCACCUCUGAUAUUUUGCUGUCAAAGGUGCAUCCUGGGUGUGUUUUGGCUUGUGUUCAGACAGAAAUAUUACUCACUCCUCUGUAUUACUCAUCAUUUAGAUGCAACUGCAGCUCUGUCUCCAUCUCUUGUGGGAAUAUAUAAAGCACAUGUAUUUCGAAAGGCCUGCCUGCUGCUGCACGGCUUUCUUUCUGCAGCAUGUUUUCACUCUCUGUUUUACUUAUGCAGACUAUCUCUUCCUGCUUCUAAGACUUCAAAAAUGAUGCUUUAGGCACCUAUUAAUAAACUUGUUUCUAAAUUUGUAACAGA